UUGGUGUUCAGUCAAUAUAUAUUGUCAGCCACAUACGCCCAAAUACUCAAGCAUAGAGAUGCGUUUCUUUUUUGCCCACUGGCUGGGGCUGCUCCUGGCCAUUUGUAUUGCACCACGCAUCGCAUUUGGUCAGGGCACCAAGUACGGACUGUGGACGCCGGAUCGCGCACACUCCGAUACACAGCCCAUACAAUGGACGGGCGGGCAGUUCGAGUUUCCCUGUGCCAGCACCAAGUCUCUAUUCAAGAGCUCCGGCAAGUACAUAGCCAAGAAUGUGAUUGCCACGCGUGCCCAGCUGAUUGGGGACACCAUUUACUUGGCGCUGCCGCGUUAUCGCAAGGGUGUGCCGGCGACGCUGGUGAAGACCAAUGUGCUGCCGGGCACCUGUUCCACGACCUUCAAACCAUAUCCCUGCUGGGAUCUGCAGGAGGAGGGCAACUGCAAGGCCUUGCAAUCCGUUGUUGAUCUGGUGGUAGAUCAAAAUGAGGUGCUCUGGGUGCUGGACACGGGCAUUGUAAACACCUUGGAGACGCCGGUGCGCAAAUGUGCGCCCAAAGUGGUGGCCAUGUCCGUAAAAACUGGCAAAGUGCUGAAAACAGUCUCGCUGGAGGGCCUCACCUCGAGCACCUCCCGUCUACAGUAUCUGGUGGUAGAUUACGCGCCCGAUGGCGGCUGCUUCAUCUAUGUCAGUGAUGCGGCCAAUCGUGCGAUAAUCGUUUAUAAUCUGCAAGCGGAUCGCGGCUUUCGUGUGGUGCUGCCCAAGGCCGUAUCCGCUGGCUGUCGUUCCCGGGAUGUGCUCUACAUAGCGCUAAUACGCCGCGACUGCGGCUCCACAGAGCUGUAUUUCACCUAUCUGAGCACCAGCAAACUCUUCUCCCUGAAAUCCGAAUACCUGCGCAGCGGUGUGGCCGAUGGACGCAUUUUGGAUCUGGGCAAAAAACCGAGUCGCAUGGUCAUCAUUGGCACGGACAAUGGCUCGGCCAUAUUCUUCCGCAACGAGGGCGACGCGGAGGUCUAUCGCUGGGACACCAACUCCACGUUCGCGGAGGCCAACUUCAAACCCGUUUAUCGCAGCCAGACAUGCCAGCUGGUUACCCAUGCGGUGCCCGAUUACAAACGGAAUACGAUGCGGGUGCUGCAGAGCAAUUUUCCGGAUUAUAUGCAAAAUCGUAUCGGAUGCGGGGCCAUACAGCAGCUCAACCAUAUGCAGGGCUGUUGGUAGGCACAACACGAAACACACACACACACACACUUGACACGUACACACACAUCCUCACACACACACACACACACUAGACACUACUACACACAUACCAGUACACACUCAAACAUACACACUCAAACACACACACAAUUGUUGUUGUUGCAACUGCGCUAGCUUUGUGACAAAGCUUCUGAAAUUGCAGUCGCAGCCAUAACUGAAAAAUCGUCAAGAGUCCAUCGUUGGCUCUUAAAAUGGAUUUGCAUUCUGUACAUAAGCUUGCUAGUUUUAGUAAGUUCCUUUUUUUGUUAUUGUUGUUAGCUUAGAUAAGCAAUAAACAGUUCUGCUGCUGUACAUUUGAAUUGGCAGUCUCUGGCCCUUCGUCUAAGCACUGUGGGGCAGGAAUUGGUUGGCUGUGCACUCAACUCUCGCAUUAAGCAUAUCUUUAUCCGUUUUAUCUCGUUUUUAGUUAAUUUCAUAGAAGACGAGUUUAUUCAACCCGCACUCGAUUGUCGUCAUUCGAUGCGUACAUUCAACUUAUUUUUAUGUGAUUGCAUAGACAUAAAUUGCAGCUUUAGGUAAUUCUUUAGGGUUCAUUAAACUUUGUGCCACAAUAAAAGCAGCUUGAA